UUUUACAAAUUUUAAUUUCUGCCAAAAUAGAUAUUUCCAUGAAUAACAAACUUAUACAAUUAUUACAUGAAAAAGCAGGUGAUUUUAGCAAAGAUAAAAAUUUUGGAAAGUUUGUAUUAUCAUUUAUAAAAUCAAAUAUUAAAUUUUCUAAUGAACAAAUACAUUUACUAUGGGAAAUAGGAAAUAUUAAUCAAACAUUAUUUAAAAAACCUAUACAAAAUAUAUUAAAAUCUAUGUUAUCUUUGUAAAUAUUAUAAACAGUAUAUUAUGAAAAAUUAUAUAUGAUAAAUUUUAUUUUUUUAUUAUAAAAUAUAUUUUUUUCUUUGAUAUUGUAAUUAAAAAUAGAAAAAACGAGAUUUUACGCGUGCGCGUAAUAGAUUUGAAACUCAAUGGAAAUACAAAUGGUGUAAACAUGACUGAAGAACUCUCUGGUGUCACAAUAGUGAUAUUUAUUGCGGCCGGAGUUUUAACAAUAUUAUUAUUAUUCAUAUUUGCAAAACGACAAAUAAUGAGAUUCGCGUUACGAUCACGUCGUGGUCCUCAUAUUCCUAUUGGACAUGAUGCAAGGAAGUCAUUGAAAAAAGAAAUUGAAAGACGGAUAGAAGUAAUACCAAAAAUUCAAUAUGAACCACAACUUAUUAGUGAUCCAAGACUUAUUUUAACUCCUCGAGGGCAUGUUCCACCACAUUAUUAUAGAUUAAAAGCAGUGGAUGAUGUUAAAACUUUAGAAGCUGAAAUUACCAAAUAUGAUAAUUGUUUAAGGAGGCAUCCAUCUGAGAAUUUACGAGCAUACUUACUUGCCACAUUAGCAACUCCAUUAAAUGGAAGUGGACAAAGAUUAAUUCAUCAAUUCUGUGAUUUAUAUGAACAUGCACGACACGAUCCAACUGAAUUUGGAGACGAGGAAUAUCAAGUAUAUACCCGUUUAUUUCUUAAGUUAAUGGAUGCGGCCCGUUUGUUAAAAUCGUAUCCGAGCAGUAGAAAAUCUAGUCCAAGUCGUACACCUAUAAAAAAAAAUGUUGAGACGAAAAGAAAUAUAUUAGAACCUAAAAUGAAAUUACCCGAAGAUCAAACAUUGACUGGUUCACGACCAAAUACAUUAACAGUAAUGAUGUUGGAUAAUAAUGAAACAUCUGUUUAGCAUUAUGAAAAUCGUCACAUACAACAUAUGUGACGAAUAGUUGUUUCAUAAUUGCUAAUUUCUACACUAUACGAAAUUGCAAUUGUUACAAACAGAUUUUUUGCAAUAGAAGUUGUUUCAGUCUAAUAUGUACCAGAUUACGAUUAAAUAUCGAUCUCUGUUUUAAUCGAUAAAUAUUUAGUCCAUACAUCUUUAUAAUAGGAAUUAUGUCUUAAACAAAUUAAUGCUCGAUGAAAUGUGGAUUUAUACGAACUAGAAAUAUUACUCAUUCUCAUGUAAUUUAACCAUUCCAUCAUCUGAAAGGUAUAAUAUUAUUAAAAAAUUUUUAAUUCUUAUAUCGUUAUUAGAUAAAAAAUUGUUCAAUUGCUAAAUUAUUAUUCGGUCGUAAUUAUACAAUAAUAUACAAAUAAAUCGUAAAUACCUGUGGAAUUGCAUGCUUCCAAUCCUGUCUUUCAAAAAUAAUUGUUAGAGCUUGAGGAAAUAAUUUUAUUUUAAUGUUUUGCGAUUUAAUUAAUAAAUCUUCUUUCAUUAACAUGGAAUCUAUGCCAGAUAAACUAAUAAUAGAUAUAAAUAAAAUAUCACAAUAGAAUUGUAUUUUAUCAAAAUGAUUCUGCUGUGAUUCCAUAAAAAAUCCUUGAACUUGCGUCAUAAGAUCAAGAAUCCAAUUUAAACUGGAUCUUUCAAAUUGCAUAUUGAUCAACACAUUUCGUAUAAUUUUUAAGAAAUAUGUUUGCACACUUUAAUAAGAAUAUUAAGAUAUAUUUUUAUUUGCAUUUUUAAUAUAUUAAAAUUAUGAUAGAUCUUUCGAUCAGAAAUCUUACCUAAUUGUAGAAGCAAUAGUUUCAUCGAUGAUUUCAUUCAACCAUGUUAAAGAAGCUUCGGAACUAUGUUUCUUUAAAACCAAUUCAGCUCUGAUCGCGAUUGCAUUUUUCAAUUUGCCUGGUAUCGUUUCCCACCAUACUUUAGGAGAUGUCAUUCUUUCUAAAUGUUUCAUUGGUAAUUCCAAUGCUGCUGCGAAAUAAGAAUAAAACUGAUCGCACGUUAAAUCUAUUUUGUCCAAAAGUUCCUCUAAUAUCGUAGAAAGUAAUGUAGAAUUGGCAUGACAUACUUCUGGAUUUUUUAACGUUUGAGCAUACGAAUACAUGAUAGAAUGGAACAAUUCUAUCGAAUUUUUAUUACCGACAUCCAUUUUUUCAAUUACAUAUUUCAACGUUAUUUCUAAAAACGGCUUAAUGAUAUUUGGUUGUACAGCUUGGCACAAAUCUUCGAGAUUCGAAUAUAACACAGAGUGUUCAUUGUUUUUCCAAUUAAAAUCCAUAUCGUUUAUUGUUUUAUACAUCGAUAGAUAAUUCUCUAUAAAAGAUUUAGCAGAUAAAGAUAUCGUUGCAUGAUGACACGCGAUGGAAAGAGUAUAUUGUUUUGUUUCGUUCGAUAGAUCAAGCGUGUUCUUUAGAAAAUUCCAAUUAAUAUUGGGCAAUGGUUUCGGAUAUUUGUGAGCAAAUAUCCGUAAACAUUCCGUAAUAAUACGAUGAUUAUUUGAAUCAGUUUUAUUAGAUUUCCUCAAAUAUUCGCCAAUCGCUCUGAUUACGCUUUUUUCUGGCAAAUACUUGAAGUUUUGCGGUUCCCCUUGGGGCCAAGCGUAAAUGCCAGAUCGAAAACUAUUCACUUCUUCCGUCACAAAAGAUAUUAAAAGAUUCCCAGCUGUCGAUAAAGCAGUUUUAUUUAUGUUUUGAAGCAUUUGUAUCCAACAAAUACCAGGUAUAUAAGGAAGUAUAUCUUCUGGUUUUUUAACCGCGUCGAUUGGAGUUUUCGCAUAUGCUGCCGGUAAUACGAGAUUGCAUCUAAAUUCCAGCGGUAAUGUUUUCAAAGAUAAUUGCUCCAAACGAUACGAAGCUAGGGCUUUAAGUGCAGAGUUGAUUACUUUUAUAUCAUUAGAUGUUGUGUACGUCCACAAUUUCGAUACGAUAUUAUUGAUCAAUCGAUCGUAUUCUUCAAGGCCCUGCGAGGGUGUAUAAAAUGCAGCGUCGGCAAAUAAUUCACAUAGGCUUUCCAAAACGAUAGGGCGCUUCUCUUUUUCCAUUUUCGGAGCUAAUACUCUCCACGUUGAACAAAUGUCUAUUACGGAUGCCUUGCAAAGUAUAGAAAUACAACCAAGUGCGAGUGCACUCGCAGUUCCACCAUUCAUGUUCGUCGAACGAUUUAAUAUUUGCGACAACAAUGGUACCAAAUUUUCGCCGUGUUCGGGAUAAUUUUCACAAAUAUAUUUCAUAGCUCUAGCGCAAGUUGCAUCUGAAUACCAAGAAUAGUCGUUUUUCAUCAAUUGUAUUAUCGCGGCAGAAACGAAUCUAUAACAUCUUGGUUCUCUUUUCAAUGUUUUAAGGUAUAAUUCGAUUAUAAAAUAUUUCAAUUGUUUGUCACCGUUCAACAACAUGUUCAAUGUAUGAUUUAUAAUUGGAACAUUUUCUUUUGUACUUACAAGCUCAGGUAUAACCACUAGUAAACAUUUUGUUUCUGUACUGCUUUUACAUUUGGUUAAUUUGUGCAGUAUCAAGGAAAGCACGUGCGAGCCAAAACUGUUUGUUUCUCUGGUGACAUCAACGAGUAUGUUACAACAUAAUUCGACUAUUAAAGAUUCGUUUGAUUGUAAAAGAAGACCAGAUAUCAAUAAUUUACAUUUGUCUUUUAAAUAAAUAGGUACGCGUGACAUAUUUUUUAACCAGGAUAAAAUAUCACCCGAAUUCCAAAUAUUCGAACAAUGCAUCACCAGUUCUGAAUAGAAUUGAAUAUAUGAAUCGGAAUGACUAAAUACUGUAAAAAGUUUGUUUGAAAAUAUCGUCUCUGCGUUACAGGUUAAAUUCGUUUUUGUGAAUACUUUGUUCGCUAAAUCCUUCGCUAAAUCUAAUGCCUCGGAACAUAACACGGAUGGAUAUGCCAUCCAUUUUAUCACAGAUGCCUUCAAAGAGCUAAAAAAUAUAUCAACAUAAGACAUUUUCUUUGUUAUCAUCAUACCUGUAAUGUAAUAUGUUGUACGAUAAGUGUUUAGAGAAAUCGUUCAAAAAUAUUAUAAUUUUUUUCUAUUUUUAGAGAUACUUACAUAUUUGCAAAGCAUUGUACAAAUAAAUAGCCGGACAUAAAGUGAUUACUUCCGCCAUUAAUAUCAACAUAAGAUUUCCAAUAUAGUCAUCACAAUAGUCUAUGAUACUUAAUAUAAUAUCGAAAUUCGAUCUUGGAUCAGAAUCUUGUUUUAAUAAUUGUAUGAUCAAAGAUGCGAUCAUUGGCAAUAAAGCUGUACAAUAUUCUUUAUUCUUCUCUGAUAAAGCUUUCUCUGCAAGUUCUAAAAUUCUAUAAUUUGUAUUUACACAAGAAUGACUUUCUGUCGUGCACAACCAAAGUAAAACUUCUGUCUGUACAUUCGUAUCGUGUUUCGAUCUAAUUAACAAUUGCCAAACUUGUUGCAUGCAACAAUCCAUCGAAUCCAACAAAGGAUUGCAUAAAAUAUAUAAAAAUACAGGGCGUAGCAUUUUUAUACUAUUUUCUUUAAUUCUGGAAAUUUUAUAUACAUUUAUAAACAUACGUGCGCAUAUUUUAAAUAUAAAAGUAUGCAGAACAAUAUAUAUAUAUAUAUAUAUGCAAAUACUUAUUUGAAAACAGUUAUACAUACAUCUCUAUACAUACCUAUAAUCUUGAUGAUUUACAAUAAAUGUUAUUUGACUUAAUACAGUCUGCCAACUACGUUUAUCUCGAAUUAAAAUGCUUAUAAACGGAUGCUGUGGCGUGUGUAAAGUAAAUGGAUAUAUAAUUUUAUUUUUUGAAUCGCGUUUUAAAUCCAGUGUCAAUAAAUGACUUAUUGUUGUAGUAGCAACCAUAUAAUUUCUAUAAUAUAUAAUUACGCAUAUUUUGUACAAUGUCAAAAAAAAAGAUAUAAGAAAUAUUAUAGAUUUGAAAUUAAUUUUUAUACUUUAUGGAGGAGAUGCUCGAGGUAAAAGUUGAUAAUGCCUCGUUAAUAUCCCAUAAUCCAUUUUCGACCAAAGCAAUCAAAGCUUGACAAGCUGAUAUGCUAAGCGUGACAUUUGUACUGUCUCGUUUCGAUAGUAAUAAUUUAAAUUCAGCUAUCUGUUUAAUUAACGAAUUUUAUGGAAUAAUUAAAUUAAUAGAACUUGAAGAUAAAAAUGAAUAUUACUUAGAUUACCUUUGAGAUAUGAUCCGUUUCUCGAUCACAUUUUUUUUUCUUUAUGGAUUCGAAGAGUUUAGAUGUUGCCUGUAGAAAAAUAUAUUGGAACAGCGAUAUGAAUAAAAAAGAUAAAUAAUUGUACGAAAAGAAAGAAAUAACUCACGUGUGAUAUUAAAACAGGAUUCGUAGAUUCUAAUUUAUAUUCUAUUUCAUUCAUCUUGUAAAGUUAAUGUGCUUUAAAAAAAUUCUUUUACGUAUUAAUUUCAUAUAUUUUUGUUCUUAAAGGAAAUGUGCGAUAAAAUUUAUGUUUCAUUAUGCUAAAAAUAUUAUUGCUACUUCCACAGUGACAAUACUAUUAAUAAAUAUUAGAUAUAAUAAAAGUUGUUGCGAGCAUAUGAGUAGGUUAUAAAACAUAACCUUGUAUCGUUAAAACAUAUUUUGUAAUAAUAUAUAUUAUGUUAACAUAUAUUAUUCGUAAUUUACAGUCAUUUAUAAUAUGAAAAUAAGAAUAAUUUAUUUAUAUUAUUUAUGUACGAAGAACAUAUGUCUUAAUAGAAAGAAAUUUUAAAAGAGCACGAUUACAUCUCUCACGGUUAAGAAUGAUAAUGUGGAAAGAAUAAAUACAUAUCGUGUCGUUGCGAACACAUACUUUCAAUGCUAUUUUUCAUAGGGGUUCUCAAAUAGAAUUAAAUAUGAUAUUUUUUUAACUGUUUGUACAACUAUGCACGAAAUUGUAAAAAUAUUAAUAAUAAUAAGAAAUUAUUAUUACAAUAAUAUAUAUAUGAAUAAUAGAUUAUAAUGGAUUUAUGAUGUAUUAUUUAAAUAUUCGGAAUAGGAAAGAAGAAAAAAAGAAGGAGAAAGAUAAUAUUAAUUAAUCGACAAGAGAGAAAUUUGAAAAGGCGUGAAAUUGUCAAAGGAGAAUAUACCGAUCGAGGGAUACUGUAUAAUAGUAAGAUUUCCAAUAUAUUUAUUCGUAUGGACAAGUUGGAGCAUAGUGCACAAUAUAAUUAAUAUAUGUAUAGUAGUCUGAGGAAGGGGUCAGAUUACAUUCUGGAGUUUGAACACAAUAUCUUACAAUUUAACGACAAGAUGCCUGCAUUUCUGUAUUUGCUUCUGUACGUAUUGUUACUCGUAUAUUUAUAUAUUCAGUAUGUGUAUAAUAUAUAAAGCGUAACGACUCACUAUUUUUAUCAUUCUAAAAAAAUGGAGACGAGAAUACGGGUCCUUGUUUAUUACAUUACGUUAAUAUUUCAGUCCGUCUUAUGUCGUCAUUUAAUUUAUUCGUUUGAGAAUUUUUUGCAAUGGAUUAUGCAACAUUGUGGCAAAUAGUACUCGCUAGAAUAAUAUCCUUAGGAGAUUGUCUCCAAUUGCUAAUUACAUUUGUAUCUCAUAUAGGUUGCGAGGAAGUAACAAGUUCAACAUCGAUAUUAUGUCGAACGAACCGAUUUUAACGUGAGAGAUCAAAAUGAUAAUAAAACGUAAAAAAAAAGGCGCUACUUGAAAAACAUAAAGAGGGUAAAAAUCUGGAUUUAAAACUUAAUCGUUCGUUAUAAUACGUGGUAAAUUUAUUGCCACUGAAUAAGAUUUUCACCAGUACGAUUCGAAUGGAUAACGCAAAGGAUAUUGUGUUAUGCGAAAAAAUUUGCGAUACCCGAAUGUAUAUAAUAUUUGACGAUUGGAGACAGCUCCCUUUUUCCGCAUGAUUAGCAAUUAACAAUCUAUAUUAAAUUUUUGUUUAAAAGCAAAUACACUUUACAGCCUAUACAAUCCAUACAAUCCAUUGUUUUUCAUCCCUUUUGUUCACUUAUUUUUUUUUUUUUUUUGUUUUUAUUCACUUUUUUCAUUUAAUUUCUCUCGUUUAAUAUCUUCUACUCGAAUUUAAGUUUGUGGAGAGCGCAGGGCAGGUCCAGGUACUUAGGCUAUCUGUAUAUUUUCAUAAAAAUUCGUCAAGAUCUUCGAUUUCUUCUUAUCGCGAUUCGCGUGUCGCUCCUCCGAUUUUUUUCUUUUUACGUUUUAUAAAAAUCACAGCACAGCACCAGCAUUUUUUUUUUUUUUUUUUACUUUAAAGCCCGCCCGAUUCUCCUUCGAACACGUCUCAUUAAAACUGAGACGAUUGCCCGCGCGUUUCUCCGCCGUUCUCUCCCUUUUCCUCCCUUCCUCUCCCACUCACUCAUUCUUGCUUAAUUCUUUCUCUCCCUCUCUCUCUCUCUCUCUUCCCCCUCCCAUCCCUCUUUCGCUCAUUUUACUUAAACAGAUAGAUAUCGCCGUUAUUACGUCCGAAUUAAAAAACACGCCUUGUUCUCUGUUCUUUUAUUUGGCAUUUGCAACACUACGUACGGCACGAUAAAACUAUUUUCGGAUUCUUGGCAACGUGUUUUACCAAUCGUUCAUAUUAUAAUACAACGCUUUUAUCUUUUUUUUUUUCUUUUUUUUUUUUACCGACGAUACAAUAAUAAAAUAAUAGAACCAAUAAUUAUUGAUGAAUAAUCGUAAUAAAAGGUACAAUGAUAAUCGUCACUGAACUAACUUUAGAUAGCCAUCAGGAUGAUACUAUGGGCGCGUAUGUAUCACUGUGGCGCAUAUGUAUGUGUAUACGUAUAUAUAUCUAAUAACUUUCUCCCUUCCUCGUCAAUUAGUCUUAUCCAUCUUGAUCAUCGCUCUCGCUCUCUCUCUCUCUCUCUCAUCCCUUCACAUAUACACUUAUAUCCACGCAAAUACAUGUACACUUGCACAUUCUCUCUUCCUCUCUCGCUCGCUUCCGCUCGGUUGUAAUCGCGCAACGCUAACUACAAUUAAUCUUAGUAAACAAAUAGCAUUCUAGUGUACUCAAUGUACAAUCACUUAUCGUCACGUUAUCGUUAUUUAGAAUUAUCGUGAUUUUUCGUUUUUUGUUUUUUUUUUUUUUUUUUUUUUUACGCUUACACUCCUCUAUCCGACACGUAUCUUUCUUUUGUUUUUUUUUAUUUAUUUGACAUCGUAACCGACGUUCACAAUGCAUAUUAAUCGGUAGGGAGCAGGGUGUAAUCAAAUCGUGUCUAAAAAACGUGCCGUUCGCGAGCCACGUAAUUUCGCUAGAAAAAUGUCGAGUCUGUGAUUUAGCAAUCUUCUUCUUUUUUUUACAAUAAAAUACAACGAUCUAUAAUUUCAUUGUUAUAGACAAAAUUCGCGAUUGAAUAUUCGUACAUACGCGUUAUACACAACAAGUUACUGAAAAUAUGCGACGCAACAGUCGCGUAUAAUCACGCGCAGGAAUUUUCGAAUUUUCUUUCAUUCUCGCUUUCAUUCGCAUCUCUACUCGUUACUAAAUGUAAGUGCAAUAAAAA